AUGGCCAAGGAGAGUGUUAUAUAUGCAAAGCCAGAUAAUAACAACAGAAAUGGUCUUGCUUGUUACUCGUCUAGUACUGCUCCCUCAUCUUCCUCUUCUUCUCCUUGUUCUUCAAUGGGGAUUGUUUAUACAGAUAUUGGUUCUCUCUAUCUUAGUCCCAACUUUGGAAUGACACCACCUGCCUCUUCUUCUCAUGAAAUGGAAAAUGGGAGGCUUACUUGGGGUUUUUCUUUCAUGGGAACCUAUCAUGCUAACAGCGAUGCUGUUGUGGAGUUUAAAGUUUCUGAUUUCAGUGAUGGGUUUGAGGAGAACAAUGAGACUAUAAAUCACAACGCUAACUCAUCAAAUGAAGAGAACCCUAAUGAAAAUAUGUUCGGCGGCAAGGAAACAGAUAGUGGGCAGUCAAAGCUUUGUGCAAGAGGGCAUUGGAGACCAGCAGAGGAUACCAAGCUGAAAGAACUUGUGGCUCUCUAUGGCCCUCAAAACUGGAACCUUAUAGCUGAGAAGUUAGAAGGUAGAUCAGGUAAGAGCUGUAGAUUAAGGUGGUUUAACCAGUUGGAUCCAAGAAUAAACAGAAAAGCUUUCACUGAAGAAGAAGAAGAGAGACUAAUGCAAGCUCAUAGACUUUAUGGUAACAAAUGGGCCAUGAUAGCAAGACUUUUCCCUGGAAGAACUGAUAAUGCAGUCAAGAACCAUUGGCAUGUCAUAAUGGCUAGAAAAUAUAGAGAGCAAUCAAGUGCUUACAGGAGAAGGAGGCUAAGUCAAUCUGUCAACAGAAGAAUGGAGGAGACUCCAAGCUUUGUCGGUAGAGAUGCAGGCAUGAAAACAGAACCACCACCAUAUUGUCCCAACAACCCCAGUGCUGGAGGACUAAACAACUUAUCUCCUUACCAAGCUGGAAGCUUUAAUGGUACUGGUUGCGGUGGGGGCGACUAUGGCUUAAAUGGAUCCCCCCACAUGACCGGUGGGGGAGAAUCAGUCUCAAGCAUUAAGGUCCCUCAAAGUGGGUUUUGUGCACAGCAGACACCUUUUGAUUUCUCCUCUGAUCCCAAAAGUAAUGACAUGAUGGGCAUGUUCAGCCAAACCAGAUCAUGGGACAGGCCAAAUAAUGAACCCCGCAUUUCUGGUUUCUACCCCCAACAAUACCCUCCAUACAUAAUGGUAAUGCAACAGUCAAAUUUCCAAAACUCUUAUUGUUUCUCAGACUCCACAGCGUCAGCAUUAGCUCAAGCAGUUUCAGUCAGUGAGCCUUCUCCUUCAUCAUCAUCAGUGGCAGAUCAGAGCAGAGUUAGCGGCCAUUAUGAGACUGUUUCUCCACCAUUCAUUGACUUUCUCGGGGUAGGAGACACAUGA